AAGUGGCAGACAGAGGAUCACAACGUCAACAGGCUCUUUGAAACAUACACCCACGUCAUCAUUAUUAUUACUUAAUUAACUUCGUUUGAUUUCUAAAUACACCCCAAUCUUCUCCUAUUUAAACCCUGAACUCACAACCACAACACAGACGCUUAUUUCUCAUUUCUUCUUUCCUAUAAAUAAGCAAACAAAUUUACCGUUCGCCGGCGAAUUUAUCCAUUAUAACUCAAAAUCCAUUUCAAUUUUCGCCGGAAAAGAUGAUAGCUUGUCUUGAGAGAUUCGUUCCUGAAAACGACAUCGAAUCGAGAGCAGCCGUCGAGGCUUCAAUUAUGUGCAAGACUUUAGACCUCCAAGGAAGUAUCGAGAGUACGGCCGCUGCCGAUAGAGAUUUCGGUGGACUGUAUUCUCGCAGACCAUUGGCCGUAAUUAGACCAUCCAGCGCCGAUGACGUGGCCAGAGUAAUUAAAGCAGCUUCACUGUCAUCGACUCUGACGGUGGCGGCAAGGGGUAACGGCCACUCAAUCAACGGCCAAGCGAUGGUGGACCGUGGACUCAUCAUAAAUAUGCGCUCCACGGAGAACAACCACUUCAAAAGAGUGGAAAUUGACGGUUCAACCUAUGUUGAUGUAUCGGGAGGGGCAUUAUGGGAAGAUGUACUAAAACGCUGCGUUGAGGAGUAUAGAUUGGCCCCGCGGUCGUGGACUGAUUAUCUGAGUUUAACGGUGGGAGGAACUUUAUCCAACGCCGGCGUUAGUGGUCAGACCUUCCUAUACGGCCCACAAACGGCAAACGUUGCCGAGUUAGAAGUGGUAACGGGAAGAGGCGAAGUUGUAGUUUGCUCAGAAAGGAAAAACUGUGAAUUGUUCUUCAGUGUCCUCGGUGGUCUUGGUCAGUUUGGAAUCAUAACCAAAGCUAGAGUUUUGCUACAGUCAGCACCGGACAUGGUGAGAUGGAUAAGAGUAGUGUAUUCCGAGUUCAAUGAGUUUACUCGGGAUGCUGAGUUACUGGUGACUUGUCAAGGAGGUGGCCGAUCGUUUGACUACGUGGAAGGGUUCGUGUUUGUGAACAGUGAUGACCCUGUUAACGGACGGCCUUCGGUGCCACUGGACCCGGACCAUGGGUUCGACCCGGCUCACUUGCCUCGAAACGCUGACUCAGUUCUCUGCUGUCUUGAACUCGCUCUUCAUUACAACAACGGUGACAAGCCUUCCGCAAUUGAUAUGGUGGUGAAGAGAUUACUUGGACGGCUAGGAUUUAUCAAGAAGCUUAAAUUCCAAGUGGACGUGAGCUACGUGGAUUUUCUCUUGCGUGUAAAGCGUUCAGAGGAACAUGCAAAAGCCAACGGAAUUUGGGAGUCUCCUCACCCUUGGUUGAACAUGUUCAUCGCCAAAUCACACAUAGCAGAAUUUGAUGAAGCGAUUUUCAAGAAAAUCUUAAAGGAUGGUGUGGGCGGGCCCAUGCUAAUUUACCCGCUACUUCGAAGCAAGUGGGAUAAUCGUACGUCCGUAAUGACACCAAAUGAAGAAAUCUUCUACAUCGUUGCAUUGCUUAGAUUUACUCCCCCCGGAUCGAAUGGUCCAGAGGUCGACAAGCUAGUGUCACAAAAUCGUCAAAUUGUUGAGUAUUGCAUCCAAAAUGGAUUCGAUUAUAAGCUAUACCUACCUCACUACCAAACACAAGAGCAAUGGAAGGAACAUUUUGGAGGUAAAUGGGAAAGAUUUGUUGAGAGAAAGGCGUGUUAUGAUCCAAUGGGCAUUCUUGCCCCAGGACAGAAAAUAUUUGGAAGGAUACGUAAUACUUAAUGUAUUGGUGUAAAAAAAUCAAUUGUAAUUUCGAUGGGACUUAAAGAAUAUCCAAUUGAAUGGUGGGUCAUGUUCAUGUUGAAUCCAA